AUGGACCAGCUUGUAGUGUAUCAUUCAACAAACACAAAUAAUGAUGUGAAAUUGGAAUGGGUUCCAACAGAAAAUGAAAUUAAAACAAUUGUCAGAUGCUCUUUAAAUAAACUUCAUAUAUUUGAACCACCAAAUUCCGAAUCACUUUAUGCGACAUUAUUGACUUUACCUGAAUAUAUUAUGGGAUGUAUUCAAAAGGAAGGAUACGAAUUUAUUUUCUUAAUGAUUGAUCCAAUUAAUUCAUUUUAUUGGCAAGAUAAAGUUGAAGAACUUGAUCAGAUGAUAAAUA